AGCCAUCUAACAUGGAUGGACAAAACUCAUGUACACUGAGAUGCUGGAAGCAGAUUACCAAAUGCUGGUAUAUUCCAGAGGAGGAGCCAUCAACGGACCAGGAUCUGCUCCCUGUACUGGGCAUGUUAAUUCUUGACACUCUUGCUAGCUUUGAUAUUGAGAACUGUAUAGAAAUCAACAAAGCAACAGGCCUCGUCUCAAAGAUCAUAGAUUUCACAAGCAACCGAACUGACAUGACAAAUAUUAGUGAGACAGACCAGGCACUGCUGAAAGGUUCAUCGUUGAGACUGCUGAGAAGACUUGUAAGUACUCAAGGGAAGUUUGGGGUAACUUUGCGACAGGAGAUUUCAGAACACCCCUUCCUUUUGAGCAACCUUGCAGUGAUCUUGGAAGACGGUGGGAGCAGCCAAGAACUUAGGGAGCUAACAGCAGAAAUUCUCAGAAAUAUUUCCAUGGAUGCAAACGCAAGGGACGAGAUCGGAAAGAAUCGAGUGAUCAUUAGCGGGUUGAUGCAUGCAUUUCUUAACCGAGAAGCAGCCUCAAGUACAUAUUCAGACAAGUUACGAAAGGUCGCCGGGCAAGCCCUGGCAGUGCUAGCAAUGGACAGUGCCAACAACUGUUCGGUUAUGUUAGCCGAACCAGGGUAUAUAUUCAUCAAGGAGCUCACAUUUAUGAUCCAUGGUGACAUGUACAGGUACGUAGCAGCAAGCCUGUUGCGGAGUAUGUGCAUACAUACUCAACCUAAGCUCGGCAACUCAGAACUGAAAGAGAUCUCUCACAUCUUGCGAGAGGUCUUGGAAGGAAUAAUGGAUGCAGACGGGGCGGAACUAGAGGUCCUUGUUGGCCUUAGUUCACAAAUAUGUAAUGCCAUUCCUGGAGACUUUGUGCGAGAACUUGAGCAUGGCCAGAUUAAAGAAAGAUUUAUAAACAGACUUGUCUGUGCACUUAACUCAAAUAUGACACCUGCUGCUCACUGUCCGGGAAUCAGGAGGGUGAUAGUUGAACAUGCCAUACACAUAAUGGAGUGCAAUCCUAGCUACACAGACUGUUUUAAUGAAUGCUGGAUGAUGGAAGCACUGCUGCGGGUAGAACAUACACCUUCAAGGGCUGAAAAGUACAGGUUCUUCAUGGGUGAUGCAGGACUCAUGGAGCACAGCAUGCCUCUCUCUGCUCUUGUGGCAAGAGCAAAAGAACUGAUGGGCCGGAUGGGGGAGCCUCGGAUUAAACGGUUAUGCUUCAGCACGGACUACAUAGUGGCACUAGCGAGGCUCGCCGCCGGCUGGAAGGGCCACCUCAUGCCGGUGUCGGGAUGGCGGGUGUUAGUUCGGUGUGUCCUUUCUGUGAUGUCGUCCUUCACGCUCACCAUUCUGGUCACUUUGAAGAAAUUCAUUAAGGACAUCGACAGGGUGUGCCGCCGCUUCCUCCAUUGGGCUCAAGAGAAGGAGCUCUCCGGCAGCAAAUGUGAGGUUAACUGGCAAAUUGUCACGUCACUGGUGGAUCAAGGUAACCUCGGCAUCCCUGACAUUACACGCUAA